AUGAAGACCUUCUGCGCUGCUGCUGGAUUUGUCAUCGCCGCUGGGCUCAUGUCGUCUACGGUGCAGGCGUCCGGCGUCGUCACUGCGCAGCAACAAAUCACCUUGUUCAACCCCGAGGACUUCGUGUUCAGCCUCGGCGGUCCUGAGCCCGAUGCACUGGUGGACGGCUUCCAGAUCCGUUUCGUCAAUGUGAACCAGCUGCCGGCUCUGGACGGACAAGGCAUCUCGAUGGCCCUUGUGAACCUCGACCCAUGCGCCAUCAAUCUGCCUCACAUCCACCCGCGUGCCACGGAGAUGUUGUACGUGAUCAAGGGCGAGCAAGUCCGGGUGGCGUUCGUAGAGGAGAACGGUGGCGAGGGGGCCGUCGUCAAUGACCUUGCCCAGGGGGACGUGGCUUUCUUCCCUCAGGGGCUAAUCCACUACCAGCAAAACCUUGACUGCGAGCCGGCGACGUUCCUGGCCGCGCUGAACAACGACGACCCCGGUGCCGUUACGAUCACGACUCGCUUCUUCGAGCUGCCGACGGAGGCCAUCCAGGCUUCGCUAAACUUCGAAGAGCCCGCUCUCCAGAAGCUGAUCGAGUCACUCCCCGAUGCACCAGCGGCGGCUCGCCAGCAGUGCCUUCAGAGGUGUGGCAUGGCUGAGCCGGGCAACGACUUCAGCUACGACUACACCUACGACGACGACACCAAGGACAGCGAGGACAGCGGGGGCGAGUACUAAAUGAUGUUGGACAAUGUUGCCUGCCGUUCCUGUGAACGUGUUUCGCUCGCGGACUCUCAGCCCGAGCCGUUGGAUGCAGACAGGGGUGGGUGCGUGGGUGCGGGCGCACUUGCGUAUCGUAUCCGUUCUAUUGAAACAAGUACGUGUAAUGAAGUAUGUUGUAAAGGUCUCGAGGUGAAAUGCAAUGCGGUGUUCACGAACUGGUGUUCGUUGACUUCCGGCUUGAAACUCACUCUGUAUCCUGCCUUAGAUGUACGUGUAACAGGACGUUCCGAAUACCCAUCUUUCGCUACGUGUAUGUGAACAGAUAGAACAGAAUGAUAGUAGAGGCUACCGUCGCUGAGGUUGACUCGAGAUAGGUAUUCGCGUCGGGACACCUCUCCGUUGCCGUCGGCGGCACGAAGUCGUGCCGUAUUCACUCCGGGAAAACGCGUCUUCAUGUUGUCCUCAAGAAUUCACUCGUACUGUGUGGUUGUCAUAUCCGGUGGCAUUUUCGCCGAACGCAUGCAUUUGGCGUUCCCGUCCUUGGGCUUAGUGUUGACAUUGGCGAUCGGUCUACAGUCUAUACCCUACGUACUGUAGAUCUCUUGAACUUAAGUCCGUAGCGUUAGGGACAAGAUCGUAGAUCUCGGAUGGAACCUUGAUUUCCAUGGUACAAUUUAGACAGAGUGAGCACUGUAGUUGUCUGUCUACAAACAAUAUAUACAUUCCGUACGUUACUUCGUGUGGUAUGUUGUGUUCGGACGGUGUCGGUGCCUGCGGACAGUUCUCGAUAGCGAGAAAUGCACAGCAGUUGGUGCCUUUCCCGGUAACGCUGAGGCUGAAGUGAACGAAAAUAUUACCGGACGCU